AUGGUUAGAAAGAAAGAUCGAUUUUGGAGCUAUGUUGAAGACCUAGAUGGCCGUUUCAAAUGUAACUUUUGUCAGCAUAAUUUUGCUGGGGGUGCUUCUAGGAUUAAAUAUCACUUGGCUGGAGUUAAAGGUAAUGAUGUAGAUAUUUGUACAAGUGUGCCUGAAGAUGUUCAAAAAGAAGCUUAUCUAGCAGUUGGAGGGACUAACAAAAAACUGAAGAGUGCAUCAAGUUCUAGCAAUGCUAAAGAGAGUAAAACCACAUUGUGUUCAAUAUCGAAAGAUAUGUGCCACGCUACCAAUUCAGAGAUGUGUGGUAAAAAAGAUAAGAAUGCAGUGGACAAAUUGCUUGCACAACUUGUUACAGUAAAUAACAUAUCAUUUGAUGUUGUUCAAACGACAUCCUUUAUUCGCUUUGUGCAAGGUGUUGCUGAAUAUGGUCCUGACUAUAAGUUACCCUCUUACUUGACUUUCCAAAGGAAGCUAAUUCCAGACUUGAAGGUAGAAGUGGAAGAGUAUAUUAGAAACGUUAAGAAAUCAUGGUUGGUAUCUGGUUGUACACUUAUGUCAAACAUAUGGAGUGACGUAGAGCAUAGAGCAUAUAUCAAUAUUAUUGCAUAUUCUCCUAGUGGAGUAAUAUUUUUGAAGUCACUUGAAGUUUCAAGAGAUAAAAUAACAACACUAUAUAUUAAAGAUAUCAUCUCUUCAAUAAUUGAAGAAAUUGGGUCAGAUAAUGUUGUUCAGUUGAUCACUGAUAAUACUACUAAUUUUGAGUCUGCUGGAGAUUUGCUUAUUAGCAAGUACCCUUGGUUGUACAAAACUCAAUGUGCUGCUUACAGCAUUAGUUUGCUUUUGAAGGAAAUAUGCAAGGAAGUUGAUUGGGUUCAAAAGACAAUUAUUGAUGCAAAAUCAAUUGUUUCAUACAUGUAUAAGGAUGGUAUCAUUUCGUCCCUUAUGAGAGAGUACACAAACCAUAAGGAAUUGAAACAUCCUUGUAAAAGGAGGUUUUCUUCUAAUUUCUUGAUGCUUCGAUCUAUUUUGAAUGUUCAAGAUGAAUUGCAGUUACUUGUUGUAUCUUCUAAGUGGAAAAAUUUGAAUCAUAAUGAGAAGGACAUUGCUAAAGUUGCUAGUAUCAUUCAAAGUGCAGAAUUUUGGAGUCAAGUGAAAGAGGUGUUACUAGUGUUGGAGCCUUUGGUUCGAGUUCUCCGAUUAGUUGAUAAUGAUUUGUCAACUGCAGGAUACUUAUAUGAAGCAAUGGAAAUGGCAAAAGAAACAAUUAAGCAACAGUAUGAUAGCAAUCAAGACAAAUAUAUGCAGAUAUGGAAGUUAUUUAGUUGUAGGUAUACUGAAAAUAUAAUGCACCCAAUUCAUGCUGCUGCGACAUUUCUGAAUCCUGCUUACUUGUGCAGUGAGAAAUUUAUAGAGAGUCACGAGAUGAAAGAUGGUGUAAGUUUCAUUUUGGAGAAUUUGGUGGCUAUUGAAGAAAGGGAAGAUUUCAUGAAAGAGGUGCAACUUUAUCGCAAUAAAGUACCGAGCUUGUUUACAAUUAUGGCAAAGACAAUGUUGAAAACAUCUCAUCCUAGAAUAUGGUGGGAUUUCUGCGGAGAUCGUCUUCCUAUCUUACAAAAGUAUGCCAUUCGAAUUUUGAGUCAACCAUGUAGUUCUACCUUGUCCAAGGGUUAUUGGAAUGCAUCUGAGCUAGCACAAACAAAGAAGACAAACAUGUUGACAUCUGAGAUGUUGGAUAAUAUGGUGAAUGUAAGAUUGAACUCAGUGAUGAUGGAGAAAUUCAACACAGGUGAAUCUCGAAACUUGGAGCCAAUUGAUCUUUACAAACCAUAUGAGCUUCCUGAAUAUGUUGAUCAUGAACAAUUUUUUGUGGAUGAUGCAUUGAGCAGAGUAGUAGAAAAGGGUAUUGAUGACUGA